GAGUUCCCGCAACCACCAAAAUUAUAAACCACUGAAUCUUCCAAUCAACAAAACCACGUGUUUACCCAUCCAACACUCGUAAGCUAUUGCUAGUUGCUACCUACCUCCAUCUUCUCUUAUAAUUACCAAUCUCCAUCAAAUUCUUUUUUACUUUUUUUUACAUUAUAAUCAAACCUAACACCCUCAAAGUCAAAACCAUGUCUUCUUCCGCAUGUCCGUCACCGUUACCCUCAGUCAGCAAACUUCAUGUCGAUUCCGUUACUUUUCCACCGUCCGUCAAUUCACCGGCUUCCUCCAAUCCCCUAUUCCUCGGUGGCGCAGGGGUGCGAGGGUUAGAUAUUCAAGGAAAGUUUGUGAUUUUCACCGUCAUCGGAGUUUACCUAGACGCUGUCGCCGUCCCGUCACUCUCUGUUAAGUGGGAGGGCAAAACUACAGAAGAGUUAACGGAAUCCGUCCCUUUUUUCCGUGAAAUCGUCACAGGUGCGUUUGAGAAAUUCAUAAAGGUGACGAUGAAACUGCCGUUAACGGGACAGCAGUAUUCGGAGAAAGUAACGGAGAAUUGUGUGGCGAUUUGGAAAUCGUUAGGGAUUUACACAGAGAGUGAAGCUAAAGCUGUGGAGAGAUUUUUGGAAGUCUUCAAGGACCAAACUUUCGCUCCUGGUGCAUCCAUCCUCUUCGCUCUCUCCCCUAACGGCUCCCUCACGGUUGCGUUUUCGAAAGACGAUAGCAUUCCUGAAACCGGAAAAGCGGUGAUCGAGAAUAAAUUGUUGGCAGAGGCAGUUCUUGAAUCAAUAAUUGGAAAGAAGGGUGUGUCUCCUGGGACUAGGCUGAGUAUAGCAGAGAGGUUAGCUAAGCUGAUGAAGAAGAAGAAGGUCGAAGAAGAUGCAUCAUCACUGACUGAUCAAGAGGAAGCUACAGAUCUCUCCCUCGGAGAUAAAUUGGCCAAAGAGAACUGAUCCUAUGCCGAGAUUUUUCUUGGUUUCUGAGGGAUUUUAUGUUUCUGUUAUAUUUAAUCCUAUUCCAUCGCAUGUUUAAUUUAUCUCUGUUCGUAAGAAUAAUUAAAUAACCUCAUGGUAUUGGAUCAAAGUUUCCAAACAAAACAAAAUUGUAUUGUCAAAUAUUUAAUACAAGCCAAACUUGAUAAACA